UAUAACGAGCUACUACGUACGCAUUUGCUAUUUUGUUUUAUUUUUUAUAUUUACAUAAUAAUAUAAUUAAGAAGCCAGAAUAUACAAAUUGCAAGUGUUUCUCAUGAUACGAUACUUUCAUCGUUUGCAAGUUUCUGAAUUUCUGCCUAAUCUACCUUGGAAACGCUGUGUACAAAGAUCUUCUAAAAUGUCAGCUCGACCUGGAAAACUUGGUGAACCAGAGCAGGAAACAUUGUUAAAACCGUUGUUUGAAAAUGGAUGGAAAAUGGUUGAUGGACGGGAUGCUAUACACAAGGAAUUCUUAUUCAAAAACUUCAACCGUGCAUUUGGUUUUAUGACAAGGGUGGCACUAGAAGCAGAAAAAAUGGAUCACCAUCCAGAAUGGUUUAAUGUUUAUAACAAGGUCCAGAUUACCUACUCAACUCAUUCUUGUGGUGGGCUUUCUUUAAAUGAUAUUAAACUUGCUCAAUUCACUGAUACAGCAUCUUCCUCAAUGGGAGAUGACUAAACUUUUUGCUGACAUUGACUUAACUGUUAUGUGUUGGAAUUAAGUUUCACUUGGAAAAAUAGUAAAAAAGAAACAUCUGACAAUUUAAAUAUAAAAAUUUGCAAAUAAAUUUGAAUUGCGUUGAUGUUGAAUUCCUGCCCAACAAAGCAAAAAUUAUGCAAAAAUUAUGCAAAAAGUGCAAAAUGUGCUAUUCAAUUUAUAGAAGGGAGCAUGCAAAAUUAAUGUUCAUGUGGGACAGGAGCAAUGGGGCAUUGACAUUGAUAUAAUCUAAUGACAAGCAAAGCCUGAGAAAUCCAUGAUUAAACACGAUACAGAUGUGUGAGAAAGCAGUUUGCAAAUAUGGACUAAUAUAAUUUUUAUUCAGAAGUAUAAUGGUAUAACUACAAAUUACAAUACAAUUUCACUUUGACUGAUUUCAUGCAUUU